UUCUCUCUCUCUCUCUCUCUCUGCUUGCUGAAACCAGAAGAUGAAUAUCAGAGAUUCUAUUGAAGAUACUAACGAAGGAGAAGAAAGUGAAACGGGGAAGACCAAGAAGAAGAUGAGUCCUGAAUCUUCAAUCUUUUCAACUAUUCUCGCUGAUAUUGAAGAGAACCCAACGAUAUUGGAGGUGAAACAGAUGAACUUGAGCGCUGAAUUCUCAAUCUUUUCACCAAUUCACGCUGAUGUUGAUGAACAGAGUCCACCGAUACUGCAGAAUCAGAACAACAAGAAAUUGAAGAAGACCCCAAUUGACUUCACGACUACGGUACCAGAAACCCUAACUCAUUCAGAUUUUACCGACUUUCUCAAUGAAGAACUAAAGAUUCUGAGAUCUGAAACAGAGAUCAGAGGUCAAACGAGUGAUCGAUCUGUUUCUCGUAACCCUGGUUCCGAUAGAGAAUGUAAUUGUGUAGAAGAGGGGAAAGUAGAACAACGUGAAAAAGCUAAGUUUCUUGCGGAUGAGGUUAUUGCGUGGCUCUUGAGAGAUAUGAAAGAAUCCGAAAUCUCCACUGGUACUGAAGUCUUGGCGUGCAACGUAAGGGAUGGUGACAUACUCGAGACUAUUGAUGAGAUGUUACCAAUGAUGAUUGGUGAUGAAGAUGAACAGGUGAAUGAUCAUACAGACGGUUGUGGUCGGGUUGAUGAGUUUGUUGACAAGGUGGUAGAAGAGAUUGAGAAAGAUGGGAGUUACUUACACUGGAUUGAAGAUGGUUAUAUGUUUGGAGGGUUGCUUGAGAAUCUGAUAAGAGAUAGAUUGAGAGAGAAAGCUGAGAAGGAACAGAGAGAGGUUUCUUCAUGGAUCUCUAAUGGGGUUGCAGAAGAAGAGAAAGAAGAAAAAAAGGAUAUUAAGGAGAAGAAGAAGAAGAAGAUGACUACAGAGGUGGUCAUAAUGGAGAGAGCUGAACAAGAAUCAACUGUGAGUAAACGUGAUUGUUUAAGACGGUCGUAUUUGGUUGAGAAACUGAGAGAACGACAUGAGGAUCUGAUGCAGAGGAGAAGGAAAGCUGCUAGAUUUGGAUUGGAGCUUUCGUUUCUUGUGGCGGAAUUUAUGUUUUUGAUACCUAAUGAGUUUCUUGCUGGUGAAACUGGAGAUUGCAGCUAUAUGUGUACAAAGCUACUUGGGGUCGAUGAAGAUGAAAAGGGUACAAGUGUAAUCAUAGGAAAGCUUGAGGCAGUGUUUAGGAUAGUGAUUUGGAAGAAGCAGAACAAGGAACAUGAUGUGAACCUUCCUGAAUCGAUUUUUAGGUAUGAUGAUUUCAUUCGUCUUUGCGCAGAUGCAGUUCGAGCCUUGGGAAAGAUUGUUUGGGCUAUGAAAAAGGACCACUGUGAAACGCUCAAGCUUUCUGAUUUGGAUUGUAUGUGUGAAGAUUUCGAAAACGUGUUGAUGAAGAUAGAGCUGAAGCUAGCAGAGAUGAAGCAAAGGGUUUACAGAUCUGUUUCUGCGGAUUAUGAGUCUUUUUCAAAGUCAGAAAGGUAUGAUCAUUUGCUCGGAGAAAAGUUCAUGAAGAGGGUCAUUGCUGAUAAUAGAUUUGGGAGAUCAGUGGUUGGAUCUUACUUAGUAGAGAUAUGGCGGUCUCUGUUUCAGGCAGAGGCAUUACAGGAGUAGUAGUGGAAAAGAAUGAUUCCAAGCAGUAGUUUCUGGAAUUUUCGUGUUCUUGGACCAGAGAUUUUUUUGUAGAUCAUUGAUUGGUGAAUCUGUGUAAAGUCUUUUUUUUUUUU